AUGGUCGGCCUGGUGGAGGACGACAGCUUUGAGAGCAGAGCUCUUGCGCGCUACAAAUGUCUGGGGGAAGACACAGGUCCCCUGCUGACUGCCAGGCUGUGCCAGACAACAUGCUUGGAGGCGUCUAUCACAUUGGGGGAGGCGGCGAGCAAUUCUGCCUUCUAUGUGGCUUUCCUGGUGGCUUUGAAUUCCAUUUGCCAAAGGGAAGGCCUCAACACGGGUGCCACGGUCACUCCAACAGGAAGACAGCAGGUGCAGGUGUCCACAUACCUGGACGCAUAUGAAAGCUGGCAUGGCUUCUUGACGGGCUUUGACAGCACCGUAAUCUUCUGGCGCAUGCCCGAGCAGCAGAAUUUGCUGCGCUGCACCAGAGCUUUCCACAGCACAGCCACAGACCCCACCAUCAUAAUGCUGCUGUACCACAUGAUGACGGAGAGCGAGGUGCUACGCUUGGAGAAGGAAGAGGUGCCGGAGAGGAAGCGCAGGAACGACAAGGAUCGUGAACCGAGGGCUGGGAAGAGGCAGCGACAAAAGGCAAAACGACAAAGCGCUGAGUUGACCAGCAGCAGCGGCAGCCGACUUCUUGACCCGUCUCUGGUGCCCAUCGAUGAGCUGAACCUCAGCAUGGCCCUCGCCCACACAGAAAGCAGUCCAUUUAUGCUUGGUUGGUACAUGAAUGUGGAGUGCGCCAUCAAGGCAGGGGAUGUGGACAAGUGCGACGUGGCGCCCUACUUCCGGGGACCCUCUUUUCUGGAGAGGCUGGCCGACCUGGACUGUGUGGUGGAUCUGCUGGAGCUAGGACGGACCUGGGGCGGUGGCAGCAUCUUCCUGGCAGCGGCUCAUGUCAAGGGUCGGCAGAGGUAA